ACAGAUGACGUUUCGAACGGUUCCCCGCAGAUUGUCAGCGACGCCUUGCGGGCAGUCAUUCUGGUGGUCAACUACUGCAUCCUCAGCACCGCCAUCAACCUCUUCGGCACCGCCACGAACGUCAUCAACAUGGUCGUGUUCCUCCGGCAGGGUCUGGCCGACACGGUCAACGUCAGCCUCUUCGGGCUCGCCGUGUCCGAUCUGUGCUGCCUGCUGACCCUCCAGUGGAUGAACCUGUGUUUCAACCCGCUGUUCAGGUACUCCCAGAUCGGGUUCGAGUCUUUCGAGACGCAGUACAUCACGGCUGGGUGGCCUCACGUCUGCUUCGCCAGAAUCACAGGCCUGAUCACGGCGUACAUAACCCUCGAGAGGUGUCUCUGCGUCGUAAUCCCGUUGAAGGUCAAAACCACUUUAACGCCGAGGCGGACGGUAGUGAUUAUCGUAGCGAUAUUCUUUGUGUUGAUCUGCAGUACGAUUCCUCCUUACACGGUCGAUUUCUUCGCCAUGAAAUUCUACCCAACGCGGAAUCGAUCGUUGAUCGGGCUCGAAUUCCGUUUGAAUCGCGACGACGUUGAGAGGGUCACUUUCGCCUUCAACAACGUCUACGGCUACAUAGGUUUCGUCAUUGUCAUCGGCUGCACGGUAGUUCUGGUAACCAAGCUAAACAGUAAAACAAAAUGGCGGCAAGAGACCGCCCACGCGGGAAAAUCCGCCAAUGCCUCGACGCGUGACCGGAAGGUCGUCAAAAUGGUGGUCAUGAUUUCGGCGCUCUUCAUCGUCUGCUUCCUCCCCAUCACAGUGGUCUUCUUCGGGACGAUGGUGGUCCCCGAGUUCGGUCUGGUGGGCCGUCACGAGAACCUCUACCACGUGGUCUGCUCGUUUGGCUACGGCCUUGAGACCAUCAACUCCAGCGUCACCAUCUUCAUCUACUUGAAGAUGAGCUCAAAGUACAAGUCUGCUUUCUUCUCCCUCUUCAACGUGAGG